AUGCUGGGUGCUCAGAUGUUUUUGCUUGCGGCUCGCGUUAGCAGUGGGCUCUUACCACUUGGUGUGAAGCUGCGUUGGAUACCCGUGCGCUUGCCCCUAUGGGAGCCGCCCCAGCCUCCGGCACAUGUCGACGUCGCCCCGCCUCCUCCAACUCAGGGCGGUGUGGAGGCUGUGCACGAAGCUCUACGCGCCCGAAGGCAGCUUGCGGACAUCGUGCGGAAGAAUGACGAGGUGCUGCUGGCCCUGCAGUUGAGACAUCACUCUGAUGACCGCACCGUCAUCAGGGCGCUCGCCAAAGUCAAUGACCUCUUUGAGUUGCUGAGGCAAGCAGGCUGCACCAUCGUGCAAGCCGCCCGGGCAGAGGAGUUGAUGGAGCUGGCCAUUGAGGCUCCCGAUGUGAAGGCUCCCAAGCGAAGCUCGGCUCGAUACUUCUAUGCCGCUGCAGGCCUCAUCGUUGUGAUGAUCUUGGUUCUCGUGGCCAUCAUCGUCUUGGAGAUGUCGCAGGCGGCCCAGGGAUGGGAGGUUGGGAAAUGCAGCAUCACGCUUUUCCACAACCAGACCUGCUUUCAGACGCCCGCGGAGCGCCGCGGCGACUUCUCCCCGGGCUGGGCUGCGACGCUGACAGACUUCGGUCCAGGCGACCGGGUGUUUCUCGACACUGGCUGCAAUGACCGUCAGCAUCACGCGGUUGUGGUGUCUUUCUCCUCGCCUUCCGGUGUCAUGCCUUCGUCUCUUCAGCACGACGAGCUCUGCUUGGGCUUGUCAAAGCGCAUCUCGCCAAUACAGAAGCACGAGUGUCGUGUCACACUUCAGCUCGGUGACCACUUGCUUCACGCGCCACGUCGCCGUUUGCUUCGGGUAGUGUCGCCAACGUGCGUGCUAGUUGUCCAUGACACUGUGGGCUACCGGCGCCUUGCACGAACUCAAGUCGGGCAGGACGAUGCAGUGCUCGAGAUAGGUUCCUCACUUGGCGAGUGUACACACAUUCUGUCUUCUCGCGCCUCGGCGGUGAUUGGCAUCGAUGUCAGCCGUGACCUGGUGGAGGAAAGCAGGCGACGCUUUCCCAAUUGCCGUUUCGAGUGGCUGGACUGCUUUCAAGAAGAAGCACGCCUGCGAGCCUUGUGCAAAGAGCUCCUGGAAGCCAGCAGCAGCCUGAAGGUAUUCGUGGACAUCGGCGGGGACCGGACGACGAACGACGUCUGCUGCUUUUUGGCACUCCUGGAUAACGUGCUGAGGACCCUUGCUUGGGAUUCCUUGCCAUCCUUGCCGUCCUUGCCAUCUCUUGUGGUGGUGAAGUCCAAGGCGCUGUCCGGUGCCGCGGCAGAGGUAGCAGGUCCGGAUGGGACUAUCCCGGCGCCAAAGCUGCGCCCUUGGCUGGAAGCUUGCACCAUACCGCCCGUGGUGAGCUCCAAGCAGUUGAAGAAGAAGAUGGCACGGGCAAGGAAGGCCCAGUGGCAGCAAGCUGACGACUCCGUGUGGCAGGCUUUCGAGAUGGAGCGCAUCCAAUGGGAUAUCCUUGAUGAUGAGGACCCCUUGAUGUUCCGCGCGUGUCGAAGGGUGUGGACAGACUUGCGCAAGAAGGAGCGAGCACACCUGAAAGCCGAGCUCCAAGACUUCAAAUACCUCAAGCAGGAGCAGCCAGAGGCAUGA